AUGGAGAAUCUGUUUCGCUUCGCCGAUAACAAUAACGAGGAUUUCUUCUCCCGCCGGUGCAUUUGGGUUAACGGCCCAAUCAUCGUCGGGGCCGGGCCCUCGGGGCUGGCGACCGCUGCCUGCCUACGAGAGCAAGGCGUCCCCUUUCUGGUCCUGGAGAAAGAGGACUGCAUUGCCUCGCUGUGGCAGAAGCGCACUUACGACCGCCUCAAACUCCACCUUCCCAAGCAGUUCUGCCAGCUCCCCAAAGUUCCUUUCCCGGAGGACUUCCCCGAGUACCCAACCAAGAAGCAGUUCAUCCAGUACCUGGAAUCCUACUCCCAGCGGUUCGAGAUCAGCCCCAAGUUCAACGAGUGCGUCCAGUCCGCAAGGUACGACGAGACCAGCGGCCUGUGGCGGGUCAAGACCGUCUCCGCUCGCACCGAGGUUGAGUACAUCUGCCGCUGGCUCGUGGUGGCCACCGGCGAGAACGCCGAGUCCGUGAUGCCGGACAUCGACGGGCUGGCCGAGUUCGGCGGGGAGGUCAUUCACGCUUCCGACUACAAGUCCGGGGAAAAGUACAGAGGCAAGAAGGUGCUUGUCGUCGGCUGCGGGAAUUCAGGGAUGGAGCUUUCCCUUGAUCUCUCCAACCACAAUGCUUCGCCGUCCAUGGUUGUUCGCAGCUCGGUUCACGUAUUGCCCAGAGAAAUAUUCGGCAAAUCCACUUUCCAGCUGGCGGCUCUGCUCAUGAGCUGGCUCCCACUCUGGCUCGUCGACACCAUCCUGCUGAUCCUGACGUGGCUGGUGAUCGGAAACAUCGAGAACUACGGCCUGAAGCGGCCGUCGGUGGGGCCAUUGACCCUGAAGAACAAGCAAGGAAAGACCCCUGUUCUCGACAUCGGCGCCCUCGAGAAGAUCAAAUCGGGAGACAUCCAAGUGGUGCCCGGGAUCAAGAGAUUCGGCUAUGGGCAGGUAGAGCUCGUCAAUGGCGAGACCCUGGAGGUGGAUUCCGUGGUGAUGGCGACCGGAUACCGCAGCAACGUCCCUUACUGGCUUCAGGAGGCCGACUUGUUUGCCAAGAAUGGGUUCCCCAAGGCCCCCUUCCCCAACGCCUGGAAGGGGAAAUCGGGACUCUACGCCGUUGGAUUCACCAAGAGAGGCCUCUCUGGUGCUUCUGCGGACGCCGUUAAGAUCGCAGACGACAUCAGCCAGGUCUGGAAAUCCGAAACCAAGCAGCAGAACAAGCGGACCACGGCUUGUCACAGGCGCUGCAUCUCGCAGUUCUGA